AUGAAGCGUCCUAUCCCCUGUUGCUUACUGCUAGCUAGCUUUAUUGCUGCUGCAGCCUUCUUUACUUUCUCACCCCCUGUCUCAGCUCUGUCUCCUUCACAUUCUUUAUCUGCUAUUCAAGCAGAGUAUUCAGAAGGAGACGAUGCGUUAAUAAAUGAAAGCUCUGACCCCUACCUCUCUUUUGCCGAGGCAGCUGCAGAUCCAGGCUCUUCUUCUGAUGAAGAAGGCAGCAGCAGCAGCAGCAGCAGCAGCAGCAGCAGCGGGAGUGCAUCCCCCUCAUCUCCUGCUGAAGGCGGUGCAUCUUCAGACACUUCAUCACCUUCAUCUUCACCUCCUUCCUCACCUCAGCCAGGACCUUCAGCAGGUACUCGUAAGAGGCCUCCAUCAGACGCUGCAGCAAGAUAUUUAGCUGCUGCAGAGGGUUCAGGAGGCAGCCCUAAAAGAAGAAGAGUAGAAACCCGAGGGAUGCCGCCGUCCGGCUUAGUAAAAGCCCGAUCGCAAGACGCUGAGGACAGAGAUGAACAAACACGAAGACAAGCAUUAGGUUUAAACGUGACAAGAACACCAGGAAAAGCAGAUAGAGUAAGGAAUUUAUUAGGAUCUAAAGUUGAAGAAGGCAACAAAAAAACUGAAAGACAAAGACGAGAAGAAAUGUUAAAAGAAUAUAUGGACCACCCCAGAGUGCAGGAGACAAGAGAACAUGUUGAUAGAGACGCAGAAAGAAGAAGGAGGCUAUUCAGCUCAAGACCAAGAACCCCUUAA